AUGAAAGAUCUGAUGUAUAAAGGGAAUCCGUUUAGCUGGGUAGGAAAGAGACAGAAGGAAACAAUUGAAUCCUGCCUUGAUAGAGUGUUUGUGAACGCAGAUUGGCAAUCAAUGUAUCCAGCUUCAGGGUCUGAAUUUCUUACCUUAGCAGGAUCAGAUCAUGCCCCGGUUAUAAUUGACAUUGAAGAGGAAAUACAGACAAAGCGAGGUCAGUUUCGUUAUGAUAAACGCUAUUCAGGUUGUGAAGACUUUAUUGCCUCAGUUCAUCGAGGAUGGAAUCGUGGUGUCACUGAUGAUUCAGGAGGUUUCCAAAACAAGCUAAAAAUGUGUCGAAGGGAGCUCUCUCAAUGGAAGAAACGAAAUAAGUCAAACUCUGCAGAGUUAAUUCAGAGUCUCAAAUUUCAGUUGGAUGCAGCAGUUCGCAAUCACUCCACACCUACUCAUGCCAUUCAACAACUUCGACGACAACUAAACCAAGCUUAUAAAGAUGAAGAGACGCACUGGAAGUUAAAAAGCAGGAACAAAUGGUUGAACGAGGGAGAUCGCAAUACCAAGUAUUUCCAUGCCUCUUCAAAGGCUCGGAAAUCACGAAACCGUAUAAAAUCAAUACUUGAUGACAAUGGUAUUGAGCAUUUCAGGGAUAACGUGAUAGGCAAGGUUGCAGAGGCAUACUUUCAAAAGCUAUUCACAGCAACACCAAGCACUGACUUUGAUAGUAUUAUUUCAGAUAUCUCUCCAAGGGUCACACCUGAAAUAAAUAGUGACUUGCUCAAAUAA